CUCUGCGCUGGCACCGUCCUGGUUCUGCGGGGUCAGACACAGAAGGGACAGCCCCGGGGGACUGAGCUCGUGGUGAGGCUCCGCAAGAACAGAAGAGGCCACAAGCAGAAGAAGCCGGAAUGCACUUAAAUGCCCAAUGGUGCCCCAAACUGGGGUUGCUCAACCCGAGCUCCCCGAGCGCGCCCCCGCGCCCCGCGUCGCCUCCGUGGGUGGGCUUCGCGCUCCCGCCGGGUUUCGGAGCCACCACGUGAUUUCCACGAAGCUCAGGGCAGCAGCGGAAAGGCGACAGGGGCAGAGCCCGCGUGCAGGGCCCGCGCGGCGGCGGCCGCUCCCCGCGAGGCUGCGCGCGGGCGGCCGGGCCGGAGCAGAGCAGCGCCCGGGAUGUCGCAAGGGCUCCCGGCCGCAGGCGGUGUCAGCGUCCUGCAGAGCGGCGUCGCAGCGCCCGGGAACGCGCCACCACCGCAGGCAGGGUCUCAGUGUGUAGCCCAGACUGGCCGCAAACUUGGGGUGAUCCUCUCACCUCAGCCUCCUGAGUGCUGGGGUAUCAGAGCCCUGAAGAUGAUGACAGGAAGGUCCGAAGGAGGGAAAAGAAUCGAGUUGCUGCUCAGAGGAGUCGGAAGAAGCAGACCCAGAAGGCUGACAAGCUCCACGAGGAGUACGAGUGCCUGGAGCAGGAGAAUGCCUUACUGCGCAGGGAGAUCGCCAAGCUGAACGAGGAGCUGCAGCAGCUGAGCCUGGCGCUGAAGGAGCACGAGAAGAUGUGCCCACUGCUGCUCUGCCCCAUGAACUUUGUGCCUGGGCUGCGGCCUGACCCAGUGGCCAGCUGCCUGCCGCGAUGACCCUCGAGGACCUCCUCCUCUCUCCACCUUUACACCCUGAGCCAGGGUCCUGCGUCCUGGGGCAGGCACCUGGGUCCUGCCACCUCCUUCGAGGAGCUCUGGGCCUCUGCACUGCGACACUGCUGCUUCCCGCGGGAGAAGGCUGGUAUCACACCUGACCCUCAGGGACCUGGGGCCAGGGAGCCAACGAGAAGCCACUCACAGAAGUCGCAGCCAGUGGGUCCUGCUGUUCUACAGGAUAUGUUCUUUAGGUUUUGGGUAAUAAAAAUGGUCACUGUC